AUGUUGAGUCCUGAAUAAAUAUAUUCCAUAGUUUAUAAAACAGAUUCGGGAAUUGAAGGAUAUGCAAUUCCUAGAUUUUACCAUGACCCAGCCGAAAUGAUGAGAAAUCGAGAUUUGUUGAAACAGAUAGAAAAAAAAUAAGCACAUAAAAGAUAUGAAACCAAAAAAGGCAGUUAUUUAGACGACUACACAAAAAUGUUUAAAAGUUUUCCCAGUCCCUUAUAAUAUUAAUCAUACAACAUUGAAAAAAUCCCAGAAAAAAAAGUUAAAUAUCCAAAUCGCCUGACAUUGUUUGAUCAAUUAUAAAAGGAGUAAAAAAGGAUUAAUAACCCUUCAGUUGGAGCCUAUAAUAUCGAAAAAACGUAAGAGCAAAUAGAGAAGGAGCUUAAGGUGUUAAAGACUCGCAAGGUCAAAGAGCUUUAAAGACCCAAUCCCUAUGAAGAUGCCAUGGCUCACAGCAUUAUGGUUCCUGGCCCUGGAAAUUAUAAUCCACAUUCGUUCCUACCGAAAAUCAAAGUCAAUAAUACAAAACCUGAAGAUUGGAGAAAAAAACAUAACAUUGAAAAAAAUAAAAGUCUUGCACAACUUCCUCCUGUCGGAACCUACACUCCCAUCCUAAGUGAUUCAUUUGCAAAGAUAUAAUGCACUGCUCCUGUCAAAAGAUCCUAUUGGGGAAGUGAAAAGCGAUUUAAAGGAUUAUUCGGUAGUUCUUCUAUUGGACCAGGUCCUGGUACAUAUGCUCAAUUAAGCAAAUUGUUAGCAAAAGGAGUUGAAAAGUCUAUUUAUCAAGAAUGA